AUGGAGGUGCUGGAUGAAAAUGAGCUGGUGUUCCAGGCUAAACUGCUGUGCAGGAACUUCAUGUACUCCAGAAUAACUCGGGAAGGACUGAGCUGGGGUAAAGUCGAACCUUUCCUGCCUGUAACACGAGGGUGUGUUGGGGAGGCAUCACUUGUGCUCCUUAAAUUAGGUGAUGAGCUGGAGAACAUGCGGCCACAUGUCUAUCGGAAUGUGGCCAAGCAGCUGAGUAUCUCGUUGGCAGCAGAGGGCGUGGUGUCUAAUGCUUUUCUCUUUGUGGCGACGGACAUUCUUUCAUUAGGGAUCACCUGGGGGAAGGUGGCGGCCGUCUUUGCAGUGGCGGGAGGUCUGGCCGUGGACUGUGUGAAACAGGACCGUCCUGGUGUAGUGCACACUAUAGAGGAGAGCCUGGGGGAGUUCACGAGGAAGAUCCUGGUCCCCUGGCUCAGGAGAAGAGGAGGAUGGAGUGACAUACUGGAGUGUGUCAGAAGCAUUAAGAGUCCUCCUCAACCACACUGGCUGUCAUCUAUGGUCACGACCUGGAAGCACUUUAUGAAGACCAUAUACAUCUACCUGAUGAAGUGUGGACUGUGA